AACUUCUGACUAAAUUUACCAUUCUCCAAGCAGAGUUGUCGUUCGUUCCUCACCAUACACUGAAUGCUAAUGUAACCGGUGUGCAAGAGAGUGUAAAUUUACGUGGUUUAUACGAAACAUUUACCGAUUUGAUAUAGACAAAAAGGGAAAAAAUGCCACCCUCUGGUUCAAAUGAGACCAAUUCCUACACACUUACAGUUGGGCUUCUUGAAGUUCAAGGCGCUUUUCUGGAGCAUCGAGUGGCACUGCAAAAGGCGGCACAGUUGCUUGGCAACGUAGAUCUCAGAUUGAUGGAAAUUAGAACAGCAAACCACGUGACAGACGAGCUCGAUGGUCUUGUGAUUCCAGGCGGAGAGAGCACUACCAUUAGUAUUUAUUUGAAAAGAAAUGAAAUGGAAGAACCUCUGAGACGAUGGAUUCAUAAUGACCGUCACGUGACAUGGGGAACAUGCGCUGGAAUGAUUCUUCUCUCUAAAAUGACAGACAACCAAAAGAUUGGAGGCCAAUCUACGCUUGCCAUAAUGGAGACAGAGGUGUCACGAAACUACUUUGGCCGUCAAGUCCAUAGUUUCGAAUCACAUAUUCAUUUAAAAGAAAAAGAACUGAAGGACACAAUUAAAAAUGAAACAUAUCCUGGAAUUUUCAUCCGAGCACCGGCCAUUGUAAAAACUCUUUCACCGGAAGUUAAAAUUCUCGCAACAUUGCAAAAGUCGGAUUCGGAAGUUAUUGUUGCCGCGCAACAAGGACACGUGAUUUCAACAGCAUUUCAUCCCGAACUUACAGAAGAUUGUUCAUGGCAUAUGUACUUUCUAAAAACAAUCAUUGAUAUAAAGAAGUCAAAAUAAUAUUGUUCGUCCUCUGCCUCUGAUUCAUGUGCGAAAGUUUGCAGUUACUUGCGGAGAACAGGUUUAUACUGGUACAGAAUACAGGAACACUGGUUAAGUUAACUGCCCGCCGUUAUAUAACUGAAAUACAAUAGCAAUGUACUGUUGAAAAACGGCGUUAAACCCAAAAACAAACACGUCGAGACAAGUUCAAUUUACUGUCUGAAGUUUACAGCUUACCGACAGUUUAUUGUCUGAAGUUUACAGCUUACCGACAGUUUAUUGUCUGAAGUUUACAACUUACCGACAGUUUAUUGUCUGAAAGUUACAACUUACCGACAGUUUAUUGUCUGAAGUUUACAACUUACCGACAUACGUACAUGUACUAUUGUGAAAUAUAAUAGAACUAUGUGUGAAUUUCCAAACAGCAAUCGGGCAUACGCUGAGACAUAUGGGUCUAUUAACCUUUAGCCUGCUAAAACUCUAAAAUGGACAGGACUAUCUUUCAAUUUGGGCAAUACCAUUUAUUUUCUGAAGGGGUGUUCGCUGAAAAUUUACUGACUGAAUAGCGAACAGUGCAGACCAUGAUCAGCCAGCACGGAUGUGCAGGCUGAUCUUGGUCUGCACUGGUCGCAAAGGCAGAAUCACUUGCCACCAGCAGGCUAAAGGUUAACAAUUACAACUGCAAAUUGUGAAGAAGACCUCAUGCAGCUAUGUAGUCUCAAACUCCGAAACAGUGUUACUUCCCCCUGCGAAGCCUCUCAUAUUUCUGUGUUUUUCAUGUGUAAACGUUAGAUUUGAUCAGCAUUAUACUGGUAUAAAAGAUACUGAAGGAAACUAUA